GGCCAUCAGUCUACCAUUGUGUCAGAUGCACUUUGAAACUCAGCCAUGGCAUCUGCACUUGCUCGGUUCAAUUGCAGCGCAAGAUGCUUGAGCCGGUCAGGCUGCUUGGCUCCGCUACAGAGGAGCGCAGGACAGGUCCGAGCUGCUGCGGGCUUUUGGGCCCCCCAUGGAAUGUACGGGGAGCCUGCACCGGACCCAACCAACGGUCGCGCAAGGUGGCACACGAGAGACGGCGACUUUGUCAACAAUUGGAAGAACAAGGAACAUCCGCCCUAUGGGGCACACAAUUCCCAAGAAUACGACGAGAAACACGGUCGUUGGUGGUGGCAGAAGAAGGAAGUCAUGCGUCCGAAACUAUACACCACCAUUGGCCAGCAUGCACGCAAACCUGGGCUUAGCAGGACAAUCGUCAGGUGGGCUGGUUGCACGCCAAAUUUUAAGAAGUUGAAACGGGAUGUAUAUAGAAAAAGAUGGCCCAAACCGGAGCACCUCAACUACCGCCUGUUUGCGGAGUUCUGCCUCAAGGAGUUCAAGAAAAGGACCCUUUUGGAGACGGCACAUACUCUACCUUUGUACGGUGCAGGCUGCAAGUUCUGGAGAGCGCCUGAUGAAACACAUGGAGAGACCAAGGGACAAUACUUCAUUGCCGACAAGGUGGAGUACAAGCUACGACCAAUCAAAGGAGAGAUCCGAGGAACACAAUACCUUUUUGGUCGACCAGCUCGUCAGGGCAUUGCACCCAUUGCCAAAUCCCUCGGGUCGUUGUGAUCUUGCUUUCGCAGUAUUUCGCAAGGAUUUAGUGUAUUGGCAUGGGAGUCAUGGCGCUUUGAAGCCCCAGCAGGAGCGCAUCCUUUGGUGUACCGCCCACCUUUUCCUACCUUCGACUCCAAAACGGAGGAAUGAAAAUGGAGCGACACUCGACGCUAGUUGAAGGGUAAAGAAUGGUAAAGAUGUGAAGUCAUUAGGAACAAAGGCAUCGCUACUAGGGGCUCCUGGCAUCGCUACUAGGAGCAAGGACGCUACUAGGGGCUCCUGGC